GGAAGACGAAGACGAAUAACUGCGGUCGUUGUAGCAACUCUGCAUCCAAUUGCAAUAAGUCCUACGGACUGCCAGUGCCAUCUCCAGAACGUCAGUACAUCGAAGUUCUUUUAUUAUCGCAAGGGCAAUAAAAUAAGUGAAAGUGCCACGUACACGGAGACACUAAGCAGACUUGUACGAGCAAGCCUGAUCCAAAAUGGCAAAAGUGAAGAGAAACAACAAAGGGAACAACAAGGGUUCCAGCAAAGGCGCCCCAAAGCCAGCAGCUCACGCCGGAACUACUACCUCCAAAGAGCAGGGCUACAGUGAUUCUAAUUCCUCCACGCCCCUAGUCACGCCAGUUGAGACACCUGUGACGGAGUCCACCACUUGUUUCGGUGUAUAUUCAGCUGGCGGUGUGAGCGACGCGAAAUUUGAUGCCACUAAGAAGCAAGACCGCAUGGAUAUAACCUGUUCAGGUGUUACAAUCUCAAACGUUACAAUAGAAUCUGGAAUUUGUGUUGCAUGAUGAGCAUGACAGACUCGCACAGCGUUCCACCUUUCGCAAUACAAAUUUCGCCAGAUUCUAGUGCGGAUUUGGCCUCCAGAACUUGUCAUGCGCAAUCCUGUGGGAGUAGGCUAGGUCAUGCACUCUUGCAUCACAGAUCACCAUAUUCUAUUGUAACGUUUGAGAUUGUAACAGCUGAGCGCGUUAUAAUGGAGAGCCAGAAACUCGUUCCGAUCUACCCAAAUGUGGCCAUAUCAAAAGUAAAAAUGUCUGGGUCUGGAAACUUGUGAUGCUGGGUGGCGUCUCAUGAUGAGGCUACGAAUACUGGCUCAGCAUGACAAGUUUCUGAGCUCCUAGGUGUUGCCUAUUCUGCAUGACAAACUGCAGCUCUGCAUCACAGAAAAACGGAGCUCUUGGGUAACGUGCAUGGAAGAUUUUAGAGUCAUGCCAGACAAGCAUGACAAACAUGAAUUCUUCCAGACCCAGACAUUUUUACAGUUGAUAGGCCAGUCACCCGUACAACGACGUACAGCAGGCGGAACAGACCACUUCGCCAGUUGUGGCGGGAAACAAUUCAUCGCCAGAUGAGAUGAUGCACACUGCCGAGGACGUGGACGCCGUCACCGGUGCCUACCUCGCCACAUCGGAAGCUCCUCCCAUAUCAGAGUGCACAACGACUGCCCCCCCCGCUCACUUGAGAGGCCUGGUGAGCAGCAACAGAAGCACCCGCGAAGGUGGGGGCUGUGCGUGAUAGACAAGUAACUUGUCACGACAGACCAGAAGUUGUCUCGUUUCUCGUUGCGAAAUUUGUCAUGCAGUAGACAGCGCCAGAACCAGAAGGCAAAGGGGAAGUUUUGGCAUUUUGCAUGCCAAAUGAGCGGCGCGCAGGGUUGUGCCCUCUCAUACUCCAGCGCCGUUGUCGACAAUGCGCACGAGAAGUUCGUAAAGGAAUGCGUCUCGGAACCACGAGCAGCAGCGGAUUCGACAUUUAGGUGGGGGAAUAGCUUAAUUCGCUCUUGUCGACGAUGAACCUUAAGCAACAAACCGUCUACAGCUUUUCGAAGGAGAUACAGAAACAGAUUCUUGACACAAACUCAAACAGUAUCAUGCGUACGAGAGCAAUCCUGAUUCUGAUUUAAUUUUUGAACCUGUUGAAGUUGCUGGCUACAACUUAUUUCCAUAUGCCACGUACAACUAACAGGAACUGGAUGGCGAUGUUCCGUGACAGCCCGCAGGUGGCGCAGACGGUCGCGAAGAGUUACGCAGCAGUCGUGGUGGCGCGAGAGAACCGGGUAACGCGAAUGCACGACCAGUUUUGCAAGUUGCUCUCCAAGCGAUUGGACGUGGAGGCCUUCUAUCGGACGGUGCGCGAAAAGUGUCGCGCGGAAGUGGUCAAGAAGUACCUGCAGGAGAAAUGGGAAAGCAACCGGGUUUUUGUGCAGGUAUCAAUAACGAAUAGUAGUGACAAGAGAUCUUCACGUACUGUUCGAGCUGUCAUCUUUGCCGAAGUUGAGUAGUACAUUUUUAAUCUCAAGAAGUACUGGUGUAGUACUAUUUCACGUUGCAUGUUUGGUUUCUUCUUAGCAAUGGCAAGUGAAACAGUGUACAUGACUCAUGAGCAUGACUUCUCAAACUCAUGCACUGUUUGUUUACCAUUCUCAGGAGAAGUGGGAGUCCCAGCGUGUAGCGGUGCAGGUCUGGGGCGAGGUCUGCAAGAAGCAGCAGGACGAGAUAUCAAAUGAAAAGUGCAACACUCUUAGAAAGAAUUUCUAAGUGUAGUUUGUAUUGCGAAGUAGUAACUUGAACUUCGACUUCUUCUCUUUCAUGUUUAUAUAGUUGUUAGGGCAUUAUUUUCUUCGCUAUGCAUUGGUUUUGGUCCCCGAAAACAAAAACUUGUGUUACGUAUGCAGGCACGGUGGCAAAUGGCUCCACAGAGCUAGAGAAGAUUGCUUCGCACGUAGAAACAUUCACUGAGGUUUCUGGAGUCUGUGCGCCUUUUAGUUUGAUACGAGAUCACGAAGCGGUUGGCGGACGCCGAGCUGACCAAGCGGUACUUUGUAUGCGAGUGCACAACUACGAACUCUCCCUGUCCCUUUCCCGCAUUUGUUACGGAAAACAACAAAUCCACUUCUUGCCUUGCUUGAAGCAUCAACAUCAUGUUAACAUCCAUGACAAUUUUUGAACACCAAAAAAAACGCACGACAAGCUGUGUGCGGGUUUGUCAUGCGGAGGCCUCUGUGGUGGCCUUGCAUCUAUUGCUGCUGCUCAUCAGCCUGGCAGUGGCAAAUAAAAACGGGGAGGGGAGCAGGUUGUACACUGUCAUACUUUGCCGGCCACGGCCAGAAAGCGGCCGCGUUUUUUGCUUUUCUCGCUGUCUUCGCCACCCGCUCGCGCGACCAGCGCCGCCGCGUCGUGUUGUUGUCCGCGUUGGGGUACCUGCUGUUCCAUUUCCGCGUCUAUCUCCGCAACAAGGCACAGGAAAUUGCCAAGCGCAACGUCUGGAAAACGCUGCUGAAAGGGGCAUCUUCUACUGUCGAAGCGUCGUGCGACGGUGUGGAGGGCGCGCUGCCGUCAAAAGUAGAAGCAUGAGGUGCAAUAUAUCCGAAUCGAUAACAACAUCUACUUACGAUAUACGUGGUUCCAAUUUUUUUUCAUCCCAAAAAUCCUGCUUGCUGCUAGACUGCGUGGUUCCUUUCCUAGGCAGAUCGCUCCACUAAGUACACGAACAAACGCAAUUUCCAUAAAUGCAAAGAACGCUGCAGGCUAUUUGAGUUAGAUAGCAUGAUUAUUUUUUGUAAGAUAUGAAAAAGAGGUGUGCUUGACGAGUGUGCUCUUCAAGACCACUUGUUCGACGACGUGGCUGCUUCUUUACAAAUAAUGUUUUUGAUGUAGAAUUUUUUUGGAAACAUAUCAAUAAAAUGUGGUCCGUUGUUGGAGAGCGAACUAUCGCGGCACAAAAUCAAAAAGUUUCAUCUUCGAAGCAAAUAAAUGGAAAGGCACCAUAACCCAAUAGCGACAGCACGAAGGCAC